AUGGACGCUCUCAGAGAAUCCAUUGAACAGGUCAUCCUGAACCCAGACCUACAACCUCUCCUCGCCAUCGUCAAAGCUGCCCGCAAUGGUGCCGUCUACGGUGCCAAAGUUCGUUUCCCGCAUGCUCUGGUCAUGGUCUUCAUGUUCCGAUCAGGGACACUUCGAGAAAAGGUGCGGCUUGUCCUAAAAGCCACAAGACAACAUGCGCGCAAUUUGGCCUUCUUUGCGGUUGUCUACAAGUCUACCAUGUUGUUGCUGCGGCUGCUCAACCCUACGAGCCCAGGUAAAGAGGGACCAUAUGACACAUUCUUCGCUGGUCUCGCUGGCGGAUAUACCGUCUUUGGAAGAGGCUCCAGCGGCGGUGUCAACCAACAGAUCGUCAUAUAUGUGUUUGCCAGAGUCAUACUAGCGCUGGCAAGGCUGAGUAUUGAGCCACCCGCCAUGACAAGCUCCACACCGACACCUACGUUAUGGACGCAACGGCUGGCUCCGGAGACCAAAGCGAUGGUCGAGAAGAAUGCUUGGCCCGUCUUCGCCAGCUUGAGUUGGGCUUUCGUGAUGUACUUGUUCAGAUUCCAGCCAGAAUCCAUCCAACCCAGCUUAAGAAGCAGCAUGAAAUACAUUUACGUUCAGAGCGAUCACUGGGAUUCGCUCAGGAAUUUCCUCUUCCACAAUGCCUAG